UGUACUCUGGACAGACAAAUCAAAGAUAGAACUGAUAGAAAACAUGCAGGAGGAGACUUUCAGGAGGAUAAACUCAUACCAACUAAAAUGUAUGGAGGUGGUGGUGGAGGUGCUAUGUUUUGGGUCGCUUUGCUUCCACUGGGAGCGGACCUUGAAUGAACUAUGAAUUCUGCAUCAGAUCAAAUACUUUUCAAGGGUAAUAUGUAAAAAGAAAAAACUUUCCUUUUUACAUAAUUUGUGGUUGUAUCGCUUCUUGUCACUAAAAAUUGCUAAAGGACACUGACUUGUGACUGGAACAUCCCUUCGACUGUCUUCUUGUGUGCAUACAGCUUAACUUUAAAUAUCCCUUGUGAAGUAUUACACAUAAACAAAAGAAGAAAAAGAAGAAAAAAGGUCUUGUUUACAUGUGUUUUUUUCCCCCUUAAAUAUACCUCAAGACCACAAACCACUAGGGUGUGUGCAAAACAGCAUGUAGGUCACACAGCUGAGCUGGAUACAACAUGGGCUAUACCUCUUUCAGAUUUAAUUAAGUCUCACUAUUGCUAUAUCUUUCUCUUUCAACUUCACAAUGAAUACCGAAGACCAUUCCAACAUCUCCUCCAUCCUCUUCUUUUUACCCACAUUCCACAACUGCUUCUUCCAGGAAUCGUGCCUCGAUCGCUGGUACAUUGCUGCUGGUGUGGUUAUUCUAUUAAGCUCCAUACUUGGCAUCUUGGCAAACAUCAAUGUGACAUGGAAACUCAUUCAGAAUUUGCACGGUUCCUCCAUGUCGCAGCACCACAUCUUCAACCUGGCAUUGUCGGACCUCCUCUGUCUGCUCAUCCUGCUGGUCGGCAGCAUCGUUUUCUGGACCGGGCUACAUUUAAACCAUUCAAUCUGUCAACUUCUCAUUUACCUCUUAUUUUUCUGCAACACCACCAACUUAAACGUUCUGGUGCUGAUAAGCAUCCAGAAGUACUACCAGAUUCUGCGCCGUGAAAAGUGGAUCAAAGUGACCCCGACACAGCAGAAGAUUUUUUUGUCCUCUGUGUGGCUACUCGGAGCCCUGCUCGGUAUAUUUUUCCUAAGUGAGGUGAAAAUUAAGGGGAAGUGGACGGAUAAGGGCUCCUGUGAGAAUUUCAGCUUCUCACCGGUACAAGAAUGUAUCUACAUCGCAUUCACAGUUAUCAGCCAUGUCGUCUCGUUGGCCUGCUACUCACUACUUGUUAGAGGGAUGAACCGAAUUCAAAUCUCUGACAAGAAAAAGCUGAGGAUUACCAAGUUAUUUCUUCGCAUCAUCGCUGGCUCCCUGGUAUUUGCUGUUAUUGCUCUGAUAUUUCGCACAGCGUAUGUGACUGUGCGUCUCGCAGCACCGGAAAAACUGCUUUACAUCAGCAAAAUGUUCAUAUUUAUGGAAUGUUUUUACUUUUUCAAGCACUCUCUGAACCCAUUACUGUAUUACUUUGCCUCUCUACAUGAAAGCACCGAUAAGGAAAUCCGCUUCUUCAUGUCUCUUGAUGACAGCUCCUAAUAUGUUCUCCCAUAUUUUUGGCCUCCUCAUACUAAUGUGGCUUGAUAGCCAUGAAAACUGAUGGAAAAAAUAUGGAUCCUUUUUCUGGACAAAAGAAUUUGGAUCUUUUUUACUGGACUGUGUGACUAAAUGACUAAAUGUAUCAGGUUAAAUACUAAAGUGACUCAUUAGCUCAUUUUCCUGCUGUGUGAUUAUUCUGCCUUCAUAGACAUUUUAUCAUCCAUUAGGCCCGAGCCUAAAUCCAGGGUACACCCUGGACAGGUUGCCAGUCUAUCGCAGCGCUAACACAUAGAGGCAGACAACCAUUCACACUCAUAUUCACACCUACAGCCAAUUUAAAACCCAGUUAAGCUCACUCAUCUGAACUGUGGGAGGAAGCACGGAGAAAAAACACGCUACCACAGGGAAAACAUGCAAACAAGCUAGCCAGUGGAUUCAAACCCAGGACCUUUUUGCUGCAAGGCAACUGGACUGCCACCAUCCUGCUCUACAGUUUAUUACAUAAUAUAUAAUAAUGUAGCAAUGUAUGUCAUUGCAUGGCCAACAGAACUGUACCACAUCCAAAACUAAUAUAUAGAUCUGCUAUUUUGGUUCUUUAAAUCUCAAACUUAGCUUUACUGAAAAUAUGGGCACAUAAAAAAAUAAAACUAUCUAAUAAGGAGAUCUGUUUGGAGAUGAGACUUAUUGUGUUUUGAGCAAAUAAAAUCAGAUUUUUAAUGUUUAUAGUGCAUUUAUGUGCUGUUUAAUAAAUGCGAAAUCUCCAAACACGUCACGUGAACCCUCUCUAACUGAGUGAGCAACUUAGAAAGACUGUAAAAUGUUUUGUUUGGUUGAUAAUCAACUUUUAAUUUUGACUGGUACAAAUUCAUGUCUAAAUUUUGGACCAGUAUUUAUUUUCUAACGCAGUUUUAGGUUGUAACUGCCGCACUAGGCACAGACAAGUUGUUUUUAACAGCAGCAAGUAGUGCAGCAAUAUUUAUUAAUCACAGGCUCUAAAUAGCUAACAUCAUGUUGUUUAAAAUACAAAACAUCUUUGUAGCAUUAAUGUAGUUUCCACAUUAUGACACGGUAAACUUCCUGACUUCAAAUCUCAUAAUCCCAUAUUUUAUUUACAACAGAACAUCAAAACAUGUCAAACGAUUAUUUAACAAAAAUGUGUAUUUAUCUGGGAACUGAGGAGAUCAGCUGCUGGAAUUUGGGGAGAAGAAUAUUUUUCAUUUCAUAAUGCUCCAGAUGUUUUCAGUAGGUGAAAGUUCUGGACAGCAGGCAGGCCAGCUCGGCACCCUGACUCUUCUACUACUAAGCUAUGCUGUUGUAAUAAAUCCAGCAUGAGGCUUAGUGUUGUAUUGCUGAAAUGUGCAAGGCCUUCACUAAAAUAAAUGUUGUGUGGAUGGGAGCAUAUGUUGCUCUGCAUUUGUGGAUGGCACUGUGACAGCAAAAGCUCUUUUUUGGGGGAUGUGUUGCUGCCAUCAGAUUCAAAAUGAGCUAAUAUUUGUCAUGUAGUAGUAAAACGUUCUAGUUUAAAUACUGUCUGUGAUUCACUGUGAACAAAAUAUGGUUUCAUGAGGUUUGCAAAUCAUUGCAUUCUGUUUUUAUUUGCAUUUUACACAGUGUACCAGUAUUGUGAGAAUUGAGUUUGUGUGACAAUCUGAGAAGAAUGAAAAGUUACAUUUAUAGUGUUAGUUUGCAGGUUAGCGUGUUAACAUUAGCACUAAAUGCAAACUGCACUUGAGGCUAAUUCAAAUGCAUUAACUACACUCAGCAGUCACUUUAUUAGGUACAACUUGCUAGGAGCAGGUUUGACCUCUUUGUCCUGAUGGUUGGAUCUGUUGGAUCUAAUUCUAGCGACUGUGAGUUCAGCAAAUUCACUGUUAUGCUCAAGAAACCAGUUUGAGAUGAUUCAAGCUUUGUGACAUGGAAUGAUAUCCUGCUGGAAGAAGAUGGGUGCACUGUGGUCAUAAAGGGAUGCGCAUGGCCAGCAACUAUAUUCAGGUAGGUUGGGCAUUUAAAUGAGGCUCAGUUGGUACUAACUGUGCCAAGGAAAUAUCUUUACACUGUAAUCAGCAGCCUGAACUGUUGAUACACGCUGGAUGGGUCAGUUCAAAACAGUUUGCCCAUUUCUCUUCUGACCUCUGACUUCAAAGAAGGAUAUCUGCAUAGCUUCUCUUUUUUACGAAAUCAGUGC